AUAAGGCUUUGAAGUGGCCUAGCCAAAACUGUGUGCGCUCAUGAAGCUGAGCGCAGAAUAUGAGUUUUGUGUGUGUUAAACCUCUCACCGAGGAAUCAUCAACUAAGUGGCUGUAGUCAGAGGUGGUGAAUCAAUCCAAGAAUGAACAAAUGUAAGAAGCCUUAUGUUGACCAGACUGCAAAACUUGAGAAGUUCAGUCCUGAUAUACUUGCUGAAAUUGAGAAGCUUUUUGCAAAGAAGUUUGCUUACAUUAAGCCUGUGAAUAAUGAAUGGCAACUACCAGAUCCCAGUGAUGCUUUUACCUGUGAUCACAAGGAAUUCAACUCACUCCUUGCUCUGAAGGACUCAAUGAAUGAAGUCAAGAAUCAGCUGAGUGAUAAGAACCUGGAUGAAUGGCAUCAGCACACCUCAUUUACCAAUAAAGCAGGGAAAAUAAUUCCUCAUGUGAAGAAAUCUCUGAAUGCUGAGCUGUGUACCCAGGCUUGGUGCAAGUUUCAUGAGAUCCUGUGCAGCUUUCCUCUUCUCCCUGAAGAAGCUCUUCAGGACGGAGAACUGAAUUCUGUCCACCUCUGUGAAGCACCUGGAGCUUUUAUAGCCAGUCUGAAUCACUAUCUGAAAUCCCACCACAUCCCUUGUGACUGGAAUUGGGUAGCUAAUACUCUAAACCCAUACCAUGAAGCGAAUGACACCCUUGUGAUGAUUAUGGAUGACCGUCUUAUUGCAAAUACCUUGCCAUGGUGGUACUUUGGCCCAGAUAACACUGGUGAUGUGAUGACAUUGAAACAUCUAACAGGACUUCAGCACUUCAUAAAUAAUAUGACCACAAUUCACUUGGUAACUGCUGAUGGUAGUUUUGACUGCCAGGGAAACCCAGGUGAACAGGAAGCUCUUGUUUCACCCCUGCUCUACUGUGAAACAGUCACUGCUUUAAUGAUCCUGAGCGCUGGAGGAUCCUUUGUUUUGAAGAUGUUCACGUUGUUUGAACACUGUUCUACCAAUCUGCUCUUUCUGCUAAACUGUUCUUUUGAGGAGGUCCAUGUCUUUAAGCCAGCCACUAGCAAAGCUGGUAACUCAGAGGCCUAUGUGAUUUGUCUUCGUUAUUUGGGCAGAGAGAGCAUUCACCUGCUGCUUUCUAAGAUGAUACAGAACUUUGGAUCAGAGAUGGUCAACCAAGCACUUUUUCCCCAGCAUAUGAUACCAGAAUCUUUUCUGAAAAUACACGAAGAAUGUUGCACAUUCUUCCACAAGUGCCAAGUAGAGACCAUCUCUGAGAACAUCCAGCUCUUUAAGUGUAUGGAAGAAGCAGAGCAGACAAAACUGAACAGCUUAAGAGAUUGUGCGGUGGAGUUCUUUAUGCAAAGAUAUUGCAUGAAACCUAUUGCCAGAAAUAACUGGCUGGUGAAGAAAUCUCAGGCUGGUUGCAGCAUGAAUGCAAAAUGGUUUGGGCAAAGGAACAAGUAUUUUAGUACGUACAAUGAAAGGAAGAUGCUAGAAACCCUAACAUGGAAUGAUAAAAUGGCAAAGGGCUAUUUUAAUCACUGGGCUGAAGAGCACAGCUUAAAUAAUGCCGGUAAAAUGUGCAUUUUGGAAGGAUCAUCUUCUAACCUUGAAUGUAGCUUGUGGUAUAUUUUGGAAGGAAAGAGGCUACCAAUGGUAAAGUGUUCUCCAUUUUGUGAUGGUCAAGUGUUAGAAAGCCUUAAUGAAGCUAUGAAAGGAUUGGUAGUGGGCAGGCUGAAAAGCAGACAAAUGCUGCAGCCUUGUCCCUCUUGUGAGGUUCUUCCUGGGGAAGUGAUACUGGCGGAACUGUCUAGUCUUACCAGGUGUCACCAGGAGGUCCUGAAUGCAAGUUGUACUGACCAAUUCAAGUGCCUUGUGGUGGACUUUCCAUCCCUUUGUGAUAUCGAAAGCCAACCCAACAUGGAAAUGAAGCUCCUAGACUCAGCCACGCUGCUGACAUUUAGCUUCUCUUUGUUUUAUGAUGGAGAACCAAAAUACCAGCAGCAGCUUUUGGAGUGUGUUCUGCAUUUGUUGAAUGAACUUGAAAUAGGAGAUGCAUUGAUUCUGCCUAUUCUUUCUUGCUUUACACGCUUCACAGCUGGCCUCAUCUUUAUACUGCAUCACUGUUUCAGAUGCAUCACGUUUGCUUGUCCGACUUCCCAUGAACCACUGAAGACCUGUGCUGUUUUGCUCUGCAUUAGUUACCAGGGUCUACCAAAUCCAGUUGCUGAAUAUCUGCACCAGCUGAAUAAACUAAUGAGCUCUUUGCUAGACUCAGACUCUCCGCAGCAGGUUUUGCAGUUUGUGCCAAUGGAGGUUCUCCUCCAGGGGAAGCUGUUGGAGUUCUUGUGGGAUUUGAACACAGUCAUUGCAAAGAGACAACUCCACUUGGUUGUGCAAGCUGAGCAGCAGCAAAUGACUAGCGAUAUUUCAUUCUAAAGUUUUAGAAUUGAGCAAGUUCCUGCUCUUAGAGCUUGUUUCAUAGGCAGGUAGAAGUUGUGAGAAACGCUGCUGUGUGGCUGUGAUGUCAUUGUAAAACCUUGGCGUGGCAUUCGUAGUGUUGGGAUGCUGUUUUGAGCUACCAGGAUUUGUGGAAGCCAGAAUGUGGUGUUUGGGCCAGAACGCUUGGCAGUAUGCAAGUCUGAUGCAAGGCGUACUGGGAAAAAUGUCCUGUGAGCAAGCAGGUUUUAAUUUUGUGUAUGCUGUAUUUUUGACAGGUCAUUUUGUGGCCUUGUCCAUCCCUUCCCCCAAAUGAAUGAAUGGGUCAUUAUAACUUUAUUUUUAAAUGGUUUAUGGGAUCUUUCUUAAAUUGUCUUGAGACACCUGAGUGAAAGUCAGACUCGCCCCUGUUUAAUGGUAAUGGCUAUUAAUGAGGAUGUGCAAAUGCACUGAAGGAGCAUUAAGCUGGAAAAAUGCAUGCUACUUUCUUUAGAAAAUUAUGGUUAACUUUUAAUUUGGUUCCCCUUUGGGAUAAAAAUGGGGAAAUUGGUAACUGAUAGUGUUCCUUUAAGGGAAUCAGUUUUAUUUUUCAUAUUGCUUGUUUAAGACCUUAAUUUUGAGAUAUAACUUGUGUGUAUUAACAUUUAGUUUUACGUUUAUAGUUUACAUGGGAAAACCUGCUCAGAGGGAGAAAUGGCGUUUAAAGGAGAAAUGGCUUUACUGUUGAUGGAUCCACAUCCGCAAGAUCUCUCAGAAAAAGGCUGAAAGAGUGCAGUUAGUAAAAAGGAAAAUACAGUCCCCUGAUUAAUUACCAGUCACCUUCUGGAAGCACUCCUAAUUAUAUGAUGUAGGAGGUUGAAGGGUAAUUGAUCACUAGGAAGGACUGAAAGCACUGCUGAAAAACUGUUUUGUCUGGAGGUGCUGCACAUUUAAUAGGCUUUCUUGCCACGUUGAUCGGGGCAGAAUUUAAUGCAUUUAAGAGUUCAUUUUUUUAUUUAAGGAUUUGAUAGGUGAGCGAGUUUGUGGCUCAAAUCUGACUAAUUCAUAACAUUUUCUAAAGAUCUUGCUUUUUACAGUUGCUUGUAAAUAGAAGCAGAGAAAUCUGCCUAACAAAAGCUUCUGGGAUUGGUCAUUGUCCACUUUAAUUUAUUUAAAUGAACUUACUUUUUUGCAGGGAGCUGAGUCAUGUUUCCUCCUGAUCAGGAAGAGGGAGGCUACAGAUUGUGAUACAGGGCUGUCAUAGCUUCUUCUGUACAUCAUUUCUGAACCUCCUAACUCAAGAGUGCAAGCGGGGCCACAGAUAAAUUUCUCUGAGGAAUAAAAGUAGCAAUGAUCACUAAAACAGGAAGGGGAAAGAGAUUUUAGAGGAAGAAUGGAUGACAGGACAGUAUCAAAGACCACCUGUAAAAGCCUUCUUUUUCUGAGACAGAAAGCAUGAUAAAGGUAUUGUCCACUCCAGGCACCCCCACCUCAUUGCCGCUGUUUCAGAGAUGAUUAAUGUUUCUGAAACUCCUGCUGAGCUGAAGCAUUGUAAGACUUAAAGCAGAGGUAAUGAUAUAUUUCAAGUGUGUAGAGAUGCUUACAUUGUGAACAUCUGUUGUGGAGGUCAUGAGGCUAGAGAAGGAUCUCAUCCAGUAGAUAAACCUAAGUAACUUUUUUCCUCACUAAUGUUAGUCUGAUUUGUUUUUUUUAACUAUUGUUUAUAUAGGUAAAGUAAAAUUUUGAGGUGACUGACAGUCUAUGAGAGAAAAUGCAUUUAUUUUUUCAAAUUUUCCUGUCUGCUCUGUACAUCUGACAAUGCAGAUUUCCUUGAAUUUCCUUCCUAUCCCAUUGUUCCCAAUAUCAUUGGGCAGUCUUCCUCUUUUCCUAAAUUUUUAGGAGGAAACAUUUUAAAUGGCAACAAAACUUCCGGCAGAGUUAAGACUAUGUGUUCCAGGAUAUGCUGGACUGUCAUAGUCUCUCAGCCAGGGGAGAAAUGUAAUCUCUCUGUUAGAAAGUACCAAAAAAGAUCUGUGUGCACUCUGCUAUGAAAAACUAGAUCCCUAAAAUGAAGGGAAUUACUGUGGUGGGGACCCUGAUGUCCAGUUUGCUUUGUCUUUUUUGUUCCUUGCCGCAUGUUGGGAGAUGACAGGAAAUAUCCUUUGACAGCAGCUGCCCCUUCUGUUAACCUAGCCAAACCAAGUCCUUCCCUUUUUUUUUGUCCUUUUUAGUUUUCCGUGGCAGGAGUUCCAAAGUUAGGAAUGAUACUUGUCCUUUUAAUUGUGAAAAUGCUGCAUUGUCAUAGCUAUCUCUAGACCAAAGAUGUCUUCAAGGAAAAACACUUAAUUUCUGUUAUUACUUUUGGUAUAUGUAAGAAUGCAAGGGAAGCGUGCAUUAACUUUUUUUGGAGAGGCUCUGAUGACAUCAGCUUUUGAUGCUGGCAGUUUCUUUGACCAAUUUUUACUUGAUUUGGGAUGAGACCUGAUUAAAUGUUUCUGUAUCCUGGUUGCUUUUAACUUGCUCUGUUUUACCAGUUUGAAGAUGUAGUAGCUACUGGCUUUCAUAUUUAGGAUCUUCAAGUUUCAUGUGGGGAAAAGAAUGAGUUGGUUGUGAUGUGAUCAAGAAAUAUGCAAACUUGAGGUAAAUUCAGUUUGGAAACACAGACCAGCAUGGUCACUGCACAAUGAAGAAUUGGUAUCUAGACCCUCUGAUAGCUAGGAGCUCCAUUGUUUUUUCUGAAGCUUUUUGGAUGUUUUGUUCUAAGCCAGCAUGAUAUUUUGGAGUAAGUAGUCACAUGAAGGUUAGAUAAAUUGGGUUCUCCACUAAGUGUAAAUAGUGAUAUACAUAUAUGUAUAUUUUUCGUUGAGUACAUUAAAGUUUAGAGAUGUGCCACUUAUCUUUACUAAUUUUAUAUUGUGUUUAGGUGCAUUUGGAUGUGUACAGCUUGUAUGUGUGCUUGCCGCUAGUUUUCCAAUUUAAUUUCUACAAGGCAUAAUGAGAUUUAUAGUAUGAAAUCCAGUAGCCUGUAAAAUGGUACUAAUUUGUGUCUCUUCGUAUUAAUUUAAGUUGUUUCUAACAAAUUACUGAUUGUAAAAAAAAAAAACAAAAAAAC